AACGAGAGAGAGAGAAAGUCCCGUCCUCAGAGUAUCGGAGGUUGCGAGGGCGUGCACAGAGAAUCCUGCAAACAUUAACCAGGUGGUUUUUCCUCGCACAUUUUCCUCCUCCAAUCUGCGCUGGAGAGACUUCCCUGUGCGUCACGAGGAAUCAAAGUAACUUUACUGGAGCAAUGCGGGAGCCGAACACCAGCAUCUCUUCGGAUCUAGACCCCUGAAACCCCCACGAACUCCACUCAUGGCCACCGCCUGGCCACCCGCCUCAGAGAGCACUUUAUAAGAAACAAAUCGACCGACAUCACGGGACGGGAGCUUCAUAAAACGAGCGACGCUCUGUUUGAUCCAGAUGGCGGGACACGAAUGGGAUGAUUGGUUUGAACGGGAGGAAUUGAUCGGGCAGAUCAGCGACAUCCGAGUGCAGAAUCUGCAAGUUGAGAGGGAGGUGGUGCAGAAGAGAACAUUCACCAGAUGGAUGAAUCUACAUCUAGAGAAAUGCAACCCUCGUCUGGAGGUGCGGGAUCUGUUUCGUGAUAUCCAGGAUGGGAAGAUUCUGAUGGCUCUACUUGAAGAACUCUCAGGAUGCAAAUUGCUACAUGGCUUUAAGCCAUCCUCACAUCGUAUUUUUAGGCUCAAUAACAUCGCCAAAGUAUUGACAUUUCUGGAAGAAAGAAACGUGAAAUUAGUCAGCAUCGAUGCAGCAGAUGUCGCAGAUGGCAACCCAUCCAUAGUUCUUGGACUUAUCUGGAACAUCAUACUCUUUUUCCAGAUCAAGGAACUCACGGGGAACAUUAAGAGUCAGUUCCCUUCCUCCUCCAGCCUGUCAUCCAUACCCACCAGCUCAGAUUCAGACACUUCCCACUCCAGCUCACCCUCAGAUGAGAGAAAGCCCACCAUUGCUCCAAGAGGUCAUGGAAGGGUGAUCAAGACCCUCCUGCAAUGGGUCCAGAGACGUACUAGAAAAUAUGGAGUUGCUGUGCAGGACUUUGGAAAGAGCUGGACUAGUGGUCUGGCUUUCCUUGCUGUGAUUAAGUCCAUUGACACUAGUUUGGUGGAUAUGAGGAGGGCUCUGCUCCGAACGCCAAGAGAGAACAUUGAAGAAGCCUUCAGAACAGCACACUACAGUCUUGGCAUCCCAAGACUCCUUGAACCUGAGGAUGUGAUGUUAAAUCCUCCUGAUGAACAGUCCAUAAUGACCUAUGUGUCCCAGUUUUUGGAGCACUUUACUGGAAUUGAAGAGGAUGACACGUCAGAUAUUCUGGAGCGAAAUAAAGCCAGUGCUCGAAUGAAUGAACCUCCUGUUCGGAAUGGAGUACAGAGGAAACGGGAGUCUUAUAUGGUCAAAAGAGACGUGGUUCAGCCGCCACCCAAGAUCUUUAUCUCCUCAGUGUCUGAAGAUUGUGAGCAGAUCACCUCUCCAGUCUCUUCACACAGCCCUGAGGACAGACCUUGGACGAGUGAAGAGUCGUCAGUGGGUUCAAGUCCCAGUCCUGCAAAUGAUAAGCCAUUCUUGGACUUGAACUCAGACGUGUCCACCACUAGCUCUCCACAACCUUCGUUCUCGGAUUCUGCUGUCAACUCGCCAGACUCAUGGAGCGAGAUGCUUAGCGAGACUACUAACCCUCACCGGAUCAAUGAGGAUCCAAUAAACGAGAGCAGUACUGCUGGUACUGUUGAAGUGACCUCAGAUUUAGUGUCACCAUUUUCACCAGAGAGCACACCGGAGAAUCAUUUGGACCGUGAGCUUUUCAUAGAUGAGGGCAACUAUUCGCUCAGCUCCAUGGAUAGUUUACCUGCCAAAUCCACUGCGCUGUCUGAUGAGGACGAUGCUUACAAAUACAUCUUAGAUCUGAAAGAAGAACAAUCUGCUAAUCAUUUGCCCAGUGACGACAUGAGGAAUAAAUCAGAUACACAAUGUUUAGAACAAACCGAAACCAAUCCUUUGGAACACCAGGAACAAGUCAAGCCAUCAUCUGAUGAUUCUUCGUGUUUGGAAAGUGACUCAGGAUACUUUCAGGAUAAUAAGGAAGCCAUGCCAGCUCAACCUGAGGAUGAUAGUCUACUCACUUCCACUGGUGAUGAAGAAGUGAGUAGAGUUCUGGAAUCUGAACCUUUUCAGGACAAUGUUGAGUCUUCCAAUAAAGAAGCCGUGCAGAGGGACACUGUCGAAUUGACGGAUGGACCUGAGGAGAAGCCUUUCAUAUUUGAGGAUGACAGUGAGCCCGAAUGUCCAGUUCUACAGUACGAGAGGGUUUCUAUAUCAGGAAGUGAGGAGGAUAUUAAACUGUGCGCUGAUCUGUCUGAAGAACCAACAGAGGAACCAGGCAAAAACCUUCCGAAUGGUCAUUCUGAAACCAACGAGAACAGUGACCUCCAUGAUGGGGAACAGGAAGCUGUCUUGGAAAGUGAGGUGAGGGACGUGGUAUUUGAGGAGCCAGAAGAACCUGUCUUGAAUUGGAGUCAAACAGAAGUUGAUGUUUCUGAUAAGGAUCAAGUGUGUUAUAUGUGUGGAGGGCCAGUGGCGAAGAGCUCGGCUGAAUCAAGCGAACAAGGUGACGAUAGUCAGUCCCAUUUAAACUCAACUGAGAAGGACUGUAAUUCAGACUCAAGACAUUUCAGUGAAUCAGAAGCAGGUGGAAACUUUGAAACCAAUCCAAGGGAAAAGAACAAUGAAUUAACCGGAACUGUAAGUGAUCUCAAGAGUGGGUCAAGAGAGAGUAAAGGUAUUCAUGAAGAUCUGCUUAUUAUUGGUAAUAGUGACUUGGAAAGUGGGUCAGACGACAUAAGGAGGAUGGAGUUUUCUCACAGUACAAAUGGUGAAAGCCAGGCUCAGGUUUCAGACAAUACGCAGCCUGGAGGGGCCAAGGAUAACAGACCUGUAUCAGUAGUGGACUCCCACUAUAGUGUUCUGAAUUCAGUCACUGAGGCCUUUGUGGAGCCUCUUUAUGAUGCUAACAUCCAUGAUGGAGAAAACAACUCUACACCGUCCCAAAGCCCGCACAGACAGCGUCCAGAAGUGUCCAGCGCUGAACUACCAAAUGAAGAGGAAAGCACCUUCGAGAACUCAAAGUUUAUUAUUGGGGUCCGUGGGUACCCUGAAAGACAUCCCGCAGAGUUACGCUUGUCCCUCAGCAUGACUCCGCUUCAGCCAGCACCUCCUAAGCGCUCACUUACUGAAUCGGAUACAGACACCGAAGAUGCUUCAGAGGACCACAGCAAGGGAUUUAAGUCGAGAAAGGACAGAGCGGGAUCCAUGCAUAUCCAGGAGCAAAGCCCGUUUGACAGGCACCCGGGAGAAUGGGGCGCGGUGGAGCCUGAUUCACCAGCUGAGCAUUGUGAGCUCAUUAAGACAGAUGACGACCUGACCAGCGCUGGUGCCAGAGAAAACACUGGGGCUCUGAGGGAAGGAGCUGUGACGGAUGCAAGCCAACCUUUGACUAUACACUUGAGAAAGGUCAUUGACACCACUGAAUCAAAGGGACAAAAUGGGAAGGCCUUAGACCGCAGCAAAGUGGACAGUACCAUCAUAAAUAAAAGCUCGGAGAGCAAGAUUGCUGCAAGUUCAGAAAGCACAUCCUUGUAUGACCUUGUCUACAUCCUUUUGGCUGCUUGGCUAUUUGUGUACUGCCUUCUUGUCCUGCCUCAGAUUGACUCAAGAACGCUUCCUAAACUCCUCUUCAACAUAGAUGAAUGACUGCAAUAUUAACAUACAAGACAAUCAUUGCUCACAUACAACUCUGAUCACGUCCUUCUAGUUAAGGAAUAAUUCACCUGAAAAUUAAAGUACAGACAUUCUGAUAAAGAUUUCCUUUUAUGUUCAAGUGAACAUACACGAGGGUGAGUAAAUGAUGACAGAAUGUAUUUAUUUGUUUGAGUAUUUCUGAGUGAACUAUCCCUUUAACAUGAACCAGGACCUCUGACCCAGAUCUUUAAGGAAUAAAUAAAAAAGUUUGGAAAAUCGGCAAUGGUGAUCAGCUUAGUUGCAUUUAUAGUUCCUUUCACAUCUGCACCCAAAGACAAAGUGUUUUUUCUCUUUUGGUUGACGUGGGGUUUU